UCUGAUACCUUAUCGUUUCCAUAGCAACGGCUCCUUCACAGGGACGUGUACAGCACACACACUCUGUAUGAACCGAUUUUGAUCCAGUCGCUGAUCCACUCCAGAGAACUCGAUUCCGUAAUAUAACUUUUAUUUACUCAAUUAUAUUAUAAUAUACACCCAUCAGGCAUAACAUUAUGACCACAGAGAGGUGAAGUGAAUAAGACUGAGUAUCUCCUCAUCAUGGCACCUGUUAGUGGGUGGGAUAUAUUAGGCAGCAAGUCAACAUUUUGUCCUGAAAGUUGAUGUUAGAAACAGGAAAAAUGGACAAGUGUAAGGAUUUGAGCGAGUUUGAUGAAGGGCCAAAUUGUGAUGGCUAGACCACUGGAUCAGAUCAUCUCCAAAACUGCAGCUCUUGUGGGGUGUUCCCGGUCUGCAGUGGUCAGUAUCUAUCAAAAGUGGUCCAAGGAAGGGACAGUGGUGAACCGGUGACAGGGUCAUGGGCGGCCGAGGCUCAUUGAUGCACGUGGGGAGUGAAGGCUGGACCGUGUGAUCCGAUUCCAACAGACGAGCUACUGUUGAUCAAACUGCUGAAGAAGUUAAUGCUGGUUCUGAUAGAAAGGGGUCAGAAUACACAGUGCAUCACAGUUUGUUGCGUAUGGGGCCUCAUAGCCUCAGACCGGUCAGGGUGUCCAUGCUGACCCCUGUGCACCACAGAGGGCAUGUGAGCAUCAGAACUGGACCACGGAGCAAUGGAAGAAGGUGGCCUGGUCUGAUGAAUCAUGUUUUCUUUUACAUCACGUGGAUGGCCGGGUGAAGAAGGCGAGCCGGCGGAGGCAGUGUCCUGCUUUGGUCAGUGUUCUGCUGGGAAACUUUAACACACAGUAUGAAUGUGAUGAAGAUCUGAGAAGGUCACAUUUUUCACUCCAAAGGAUUUGGGCUUUUUGGGUGACAAUUUGACCUUCUCAGAACUUCACCACAUUCAUACUGUGUGUUAAGGAGGUCAGGACUCACACAGGAGAGCUUCGUCCAAUCACACUCCAGAGCUGAGAUCUGAUCUCCUCAUUUCCACUGCAGAAGACAGUAAAUACACAGGGUUCCUCUGAUCUUGGUAGGGAAUAAGUCUGAUCUGGUGGAACAGAGCAGCAUGGAGACCGUCCUGAACAUCAUGAACAAAUACACUGAGAUUGAGACCUGCGUUGAGUGUUCAGCGAAGAAGCUGAAGAACAUCUCAGAGCUCUUCUAUUACGCUCAGAAAUCUGUGCUUCACCCCACAGGACCGCUUUACUGCCCUGAACGCAGACAGAUGAAGCCGGCGUGUGUACGAGCUCUCACUCGGGUCUUUAAAAUUUCGGACUUGGACAAUAACGGAAUCCUAAACGACAACGAGCUCAACUUCUUUCAGAGAGUGUGUUUCAGCUCACCGCUCGCUCCUCAGGCUCUGGAGGAUGUGAAGAAGGUGGUGAAGAAGAAUACAGCUGAGGGAGUGUGUGAGGAUGGACUGACUCUGCAGGGAUUCCUUUUCCUCCACACGCUCUUCAUACAGAGGGGGCGUCAUGAGACCACGUGGGCGGUGCUUCGGCGUUUUGGCUAUGACGAUGACCUGGAACUACAUCAGGACUACCUUUUCCCUCUGCUGAGAAUCCCGUCGGACUGCAGCACCGAGCUCAACCACAAUGCUUCACUGUUCUUGCAGAGCGUCUUCGAUAAACAUGAUAAGGACAGAGACGGUGCUCUGAACCCCAACGAGCUGAAGGACAUGUUCAAUGUGUUUCCCUACAUGCCCUGGGGUCCGGACGUGAAUAACACCGUGUGUACCAACGAGCACGGCUGGAUCACAUACCAGGGCUUCAUCUCUCAGUGGACGUUAACCACGUAUCUGGACGUCCAGCGGUGCCUGGAGUACCUCGGUUACCUCGGUUACUCCAUCAUAGCAGAGCAGGAGUCGCAGGCCGCUGCCAUCACGGUGACCCGUAGUAAGUCUGUGGACCUGCAGCAGAAGCAGACACAGCGCUGUGUGUUUCUCUGUAAUGUCUUUGGCAGCAGAGGUAGUGGAAAAAGCAGCUUCCUGCAGGGCUUUAUCGGACGUAAUCUCAAUUGUCAGAAGACUAUCAGAGAUGAACACAAAUCACACUACGCUGUUAACACGGUCCAUGUUUACGGUCAGGAGAAAUACCUGCUGCUGCGUGAAAUCUGCUCAGAGUUGGACUUCCUGUCCGAGUCUGAUCUCUGCUGUGAUGUGGUGUGUCUGAUCUAUGACAUCAGCGACACGGACUCUUUCGACUACUGCGUGCGAGUGUUUAAGCAGUGUUUUGCAGACAGCAAGGUGCCGUGUGUGAUGGUGGCGAUGAAGUCGGACCUGCAGGAGGAGGCACAGCAGCACGGAGUCACACCUCUGGAGUUCUGCAGAACAAACUUGAUUCCUCCUCCACAAGUGUACAGCGUUAACACGGAGACCACGCCCAGCCGAGACGUCUUCAUCAAACUUGCCACCAUGGCAACGUACCCUCACCUGCGCCUGCGCUGCAUGUGUACCUGUAACAGGUGCACCUUCUGCCUCUGUCAGAACUUCCUCAACUCAGAGCUCCUCCACGCCGUGAAAGCUAAACUCUACACACUCGUCUUCAGCAGGGUUGUUCCCACGGUGGAUCUUCAGGGUUCGUGGUUGAUGUUGAAGGUCAGUUGUGGAGCUGCUCUGCUCGCUCUACUGGGCUUCAGUGUUUACCGAGCACUGAUUAAAUCUCGGUGAUACACACACACACACACACACACACACACACACAGAGAUCAUUUUUUUCUGCUCUAUUGCUCCUGGUUUGUUUGUUUGUUUGUUUUUUUGCUUAAAUGUGAGAGUUGACCUGAGAGCUGGACCUUCACCGGAUGAAGAUGAAGUUUGUUUCUAAUAACUGUCCAGUUCCUGCGUUAGAACCUUGCGGCUCUGCGUGUGUGUGUGAUGCGGCGUGUUGUUGACGCUGACGUUCCUCCACACACACACACUGUUUAUUUCCUUCUUUAACCCCACAGAGAACUUGUAAAGAUGAAAGACAGCAAAUAAAAAAUGAAGCUUCUGUUAUUUCUGUAAUGCUCUUUAUAUUUCUAGAGGAGUAACACACUUUAACACCAUUACACAACAUUACAUUUCACAAGCUGUAAUACAGGAAAGAGCGUGAGGACAACGGAGUCUCUCACUCACACACUCACACACACACACACACACACACAGUCGAAACACCAAAAGAGAAAAUAGAAAACUUCAACAAACUGAUCAAACCUGCAAGAUACUACAGCUGAAAUGUAAAUAAAUAGAUGAGAUGAAGUACAACACACACACACACACUCUCUCUCUCACACACACACACUCUCUCUCUCACACACACACACACACUCUCUCUCACACACACACACACACACUCUCUCUCACACACACACACACACUCUCUCUCACACACACACACACACUCUCUCU